CUUAAAAAUGUAUUAUAUGUACCGCGUGCCUCAAACAACCUUCUAUCUAUCACGCGCCUAGAUAGAGAGGGAGGACAUGCCAUAAUGGGUAACGGCGUAGUAACCUUAAAAGUGCGCGGAGGACGCACAAUAGCCAAAGGGAAGCUUCAAAACGGGUUAUAUUUAUUAAACUCUCAGGCUAAGUUACAUCCAAUAACUAAAAUAUAUACUACUCGAGAGGAAAAACCUGUAGAUUGGCUUACCUGGCAC